AAAUCAACCAAUCACAUUGGUUGGCAGACUCAGGUGGUAAAUCCUGCUCCUGCCUCUGACUGUAACACGGCCCAGAGCUCUCUGCGCUCCCUCGUAGUGUAUUUUAUAGCCCUGCCUCGGUUGCUUCCCUUCCCCUGUGCCGCCAUUAAAGCCGCUCAGCUCGGCGUUUGGAAAUCGGGAAGAGGAUAAAAAUGAUUUAAAGCGGCACCGCGGACAGCCGAGGGACGGGACUAGGGGGAGGGGGGGUUCUCGCUUUCUGGUAGUACAUAUGGACCUUCAACUUCCAACUAAAAGGCGCCCCAAAGAAGUAAAUAUGCGGCUAGUGUCGGCAAAGUAGGAGCUCCGUUUGUUUUGGUUGCAGUGGGGGAAACUGAGGAGUGUAAACACGGCAGAGCAAAGUGUACUGCUUGCUGUGUGAUCUCCUUGAGAGUGGAUCUGCCGAGCUGAGAGCCUCUCUGAACGGCAGGAAGCCUCCCUCAGUGGCGGUGCGACGAUGACCGAGCUGGUUGCCAAGUGGGCCUGUGAAUACUGCACAUACGAGAACUGGCCGUCAGCCAUCAAGUGCACCAUGUGCCGCGCUCAGAGGCCCAGUGGGGGUGCCAUCAUUACUGAGGAGCCCUUCAAGAGCAGCCCUGCUCUGGAUGCCAGUCUUCACCAGUGGGACCCUGCAGGCCUAAGCAACAGCCCAUCCCAGGGGGGCUCCAGCUUACUUAUUUGUCCAGACUCCAGUGCCCGACCCCGUGUCCGCAUUGCUGAUGUACCUGAGACAAGUAGCAAGUGGUCCUGCCACAUGUGCACCUACCUGAACUGGCCUCGCGCCAUCCGUUGCACGCAGUGCCUGUGCCAGAGGCAACAGGCUCAACAACAGCAGCAUGUGCAACAUGCAACCCAUCAAGGACAUCAUACCCAGCAGCCACGCAGCCCUACAGAGUCACCCCAAACCUCAGGCUCUGGAUGCCGCCCUGCUCCGUCAACCACCACUACAGACCCCUGUGAGGAAUAUAAUGACCGUAACAGGCUCAACACUCAUUCACAGCACUGGACCUGCACUGCCUGCACUUACGAGAACUGGUCCAAGGCACUCAAAUGUGUCGUGUGCGACCACCCCAGGCCGAACAGCUUGCUAGCUGAACCCAUCGAACUAGCAUCAGAGCCUGAGAGCCAACAACCUUCUUCAAAACUUAACGAACAGGACAGGGACAACAGGAGGGGCGUUGUUGGGCAUGUGGUUGGGCAAGGGGUAGUGGGUGUUGUAGGUGGGAUGGGGGGUUGUAGCAGCAGCCAGAGGAGGUCUCCCCCGACCUUGAAACGGGAGUCAGAGGUGAACAUGGACUUUCAGAGGAUCGAAGUGGCUUCAGGGGCUGGGAUUGGGGGCAAAGAGGAGCUGGAGGUGGAUUUCAAAAAACUGAAGCAGAUUAAGAACAGGAUGAGAAGGACUGAUUGGCUGUUCCUCAAUGCCUGUGUUGGUGUGGUGGAAGGCGACCUGGCAGCUGUGGAGGCCUACAAGUCAUCAGGAGGUGACAUUGCGAGGCAGUUAACAUCAGACGAGGUGCACCUAUUGAAUCGUCCCUCUGCGUUUGAUGACGGCUUCACGCUUGUUCACCUCGCCAUCCGCUUCCAGAGACAGGACAUGCUGGCUGUGUUGCUCACUGAGGUGUCCCAACAGGCCGCCAAGUGUAUUCCGGCCAUGGUGUGUCCUGAGCUAACAGAGCAGAUCCGUCGUGAGGUUGCGGCCUCUCUUCACCAGCGCAAGGGAGACUUCACCUGUUAUUUCCUCACCGACUUGGUGACCUUCACUCUGCCUGCAGACAUCGAGGACUUGCCCCCAGCCGUUCAGGAAAAACUGUUUGAUGAGGUGCUGGACCGAGAUGUACAAAAAGAGCUCGAGGAGGAGUCUCCCAUCAUUAACUGGUCCCUGGAGCUCGGGACGAGGUUGGACAGUCGGCUGUAUGCCCUGUGGAACCGGACGGCCGGGGACUGUCUGCUGGACUCUGUGCUGCAGGCUACAUGGGGCAUUUACGACAAGGACUCGGUGCUGCGCAAGACCCUCCACGACAGCCUGCAUGACUGCUCUCACUGGUUUUACACACGCUGGAAGGAGUGGGAGUCGUGGUAUUCCCAAAGUUUCGGCCUGCACUUUUCACUGCGGGAGGAACAGUGGCAGGAAGACUGGGCUUUCAUUCUCUCGCUGGCAAGUCAGCCGGGAUCCAGCUUGGAACAGACCCACAUUUUCGUUCUUGCACACAUACUUCGUAGGCCAAUCAUCGUCUACGGAGUGAAGUAUUACAAAAGUUUCCGUGGGGAGACACUCGGGUACACCCGUUUUCAAGGUGUGUACUUGCCCCUUCUGUGGGAGCAGAGUUUCUGCUGGAAGAGUCCCAUCGCUCUCGGCUACACGCGGGGACACUUCUCAGCGCUGGUGGCCAUGGAGAACGACGGCUUCGACAAUCGCGGCGCAGGCGCCAACCUCAACACAGACGAUGACGUCACAGUCACGUUCCUGCCGCUGGUCGACAGCGAGAGGAAGCUGCUUCACAUUCACUUCCUCUCGGCACAGGAAAUGGGUAACGAAGAGCAACAAGAGAAGCUGCUGCGGGAGUGGUUGGACUGCUGUGUGACGGAGGGCGGGGUCCUGGUGGCUCUUCAGAAGAGCUCCCGCCGCCGCAACCACCCGCUUGUCACCCAGAUGGUGGAGAAGUGGCUGGACGGUUACCGGCAGAUCCGCCCCUGCGCCUCUUUGUCUGACGGCGAAGAGGAGGAAGACGACGACGACGAGUGACAAAACUGAAGCGGGGGGCGGAAGGCGGUCUUACAGGUGGCCUCCACACACCCCCCCCUUUCUCUCUCUCUCUCUCCUACAGUUUUCCUUUGUUUUUGUUUUUGUUUUUCCUUUCCUGACACGGACAAACUGUGAAAGCCUUCAGGAGAGGACGGGGAACCACGAGCCCCCACCCACCUUCCACCUCUGGACAGAAAGACAUUUUGCAACCCUCCGAGCACACGCAGGCACUCUUACAUACACUUAAAAACCACAUUCAACACUUAACUCAGACGAAACCUGAGACUGACGUACUCCACUGCUGCAAAACAACAGAUCUGGGGAGACAAUAAAGGUUUACGAAUGCAAACUACCUUUUGACUUGUUUUGAUUUUCAAAUGUAAAGGAAAAAAGGAAUCUUUAUCCAUAGAUGUAAAUGCAUGUGGUUGUUUAAAAAAAAUAAGAGUAUAAGGAAAUACAGUAUACCAGCAUUGAUUCAAAUCAACACUUUAUAUCUGUUCAGUAUGGGCACUGACAAAAAGCACAUUUCCAAAUUGAUCUUUUUGAUGUUUUUUCCAGUUGUAAAGGAGUUAGCAUUUUGUUUUUGAAUGGGCAGGGACAAAGCCAAUAUCAUUAUCUUUAGAAAGCCAGAGAUUGUGUAAUAACAAAUGACUUUAAUCCUUAUUACUAAGCACUGCACAUUUAUUAAAACAUUUCUAUAUAAAUAUCAUUGCUUGAAUUAAAGGUCAUAUAUGAAGCUCUUGAAAAGGGAGAUGUUCCCUUUUACAAGUUAAAUCUACACUCACUACGGUUUAGCACACAAACAUUUAUGUUGGAUCUUUGGUUUACCUUUUUUCAGACUGAUUGAACUGAGAACUUGUGUGUGUGUGUGUGUGUGUGUGUGUGUUUUUCUCUGAACUUACUCUACAUAUUUAUUGUUUGGAAACUUAUUUGAGCUAAUAAGAGCUUUCUGUAUAUUUUUUCUCUCCUUUUUUUGUGGUUUUUGUUAAUUAUUCUCUCAAUCUUGAUGAAGACAUGUUGCACAGAAACACUGUUGCUAUGAGGAAAGAACCAACCAUGACCAUCAGUGGAAAAGUUUACUUAUGUUGUUGCGUGCGAUUUAGUACCUCAUCUGGAUGCCUAAAACCUGGUGCUUUUUUUGGGCAGUGAGACACAUUCAAAGUCAUGACAUGAACCGCGAGCUACACUUGUCUCAUUGUUAUUUCCCGCUUCCUUUUGUCCCUUUUAUUCCUUAUAGCAUACGUUGUUAAGGUCACCCUCACGGUACACGUCAAUUCACCUCCUCUGUAACGCCUCUUUGUUGUCAUUCUGUGAAACCCAUCUUUAAUUUUUUUGAUUAAGGUCGUUGUGAGAGACUGCAACAUUAUAAAACCAAAGCUGACUGAAAAAAAAGAAGAAAAAAACACAAGUUGUUGUUACUUUUUUUUUUUUUUUUUUUGCCGUGAAUGUUUGCAUUUUUGUUUUGUUUUUUUCCUUGCCAUUGCGUACUGUAACCCCUUUCGUGUUUCAUUCAAGUCAUACACGUUUUGAGCAUCACCCUGUAUGUUGCUUUGUAUUUAUGCAAUAGUUGCAGUUGUGACUAUGAUGGUUUGUGGAUUUAGGCCUGACUUCACUAUACAGAGUGUAACGCAAAGAACAGGCAAAAUAAGGAAAAAAAAAUAAAGGAAAACCUUUUUGAAUGUCCAACUAAA